AUGGAAAAAGAUAACAACGGUAACAGCACUACUGCUAGCAAUGAUGUUUUAAUCAAAUCUACCAGAAGCAUUCAAUACAAUAAUCAAAAAUUGCAAUAUGUUCAGGACGCAACAUCUUUGUUUUCAGGUUGUUGUUGUGGUAUUUUACAGCUGGAAUCAUUAAAUGGGUUUACCUUUUUCAUUAUACAAUAUGUGUCUGUGGCAAUACUAUUCGUUAUUAUUUUAUGUAAAGGUGGCAAGAUUACUAAUUACUUUCUAAAUCCUAUCCAAGAUUUAAUUAUAGAAAAUUUGUUUAGAGAAUUAGCUGGAUUUUUAAUGACAUGGACCUUUGUUUAUGCCUUGGUGGUGUAA